AGAAUAUAAUACCUAAACGUGAACGUGAGUUGAUGGCAAAUUCAGCUGUUUGCUCCAAGCAUUUUGAACCAAAUCAAAUUAUCAGAGAAUGGACUUCUGGACACAUAAAGUAUGCAUUGAAAAAACCAAGGUUAAAGGAAGGGGCGAUUCCAACAAUAUUUCCUGAUAUACCAAAGUCAUGCUUAAAAAGUAUACCUAAGACAAGGAAAAGUCCUAAAAAGCGUUUGUUGGCAUGUGAUACUCAAAUAAUUCAAAGUUCAUAUCAAACUCCCCAUGAAAUGUUAUUCGACUGUGAACUUGAGACUUCUACAGUGGCUCAGAGUAUAAAUCAAUUUAGUGCUUGGAAUUCAGUUGAAUUGUUGGAGCUUCCGAAUUUAUCAUGGUCUUUGUUUAAAAUGCAACAUUUUAAAAUAAUUGCUUCUAUAGAAUUGUCAUUACACUCAGAUCCUGAAACUGUCUUCACUAUUAUAUAAGAAUGAGGAUGAGACACUAUGAAAGAGAGCAAAAUAGGAACCAAAAAAAAAAAA